GUGAAAGUAUCGUAUUCACGCAGUAUGUAUACUUAGCUGUAUGGUUGUAAUCCAAGGUUUAAGUUUAGAUAUUGAAGGUACGUUGUCAUUGUGUAAAACUUUCAGGUUAUUGAUUAGGACAUUUUGAAAUGCUCUCGUAUAGUUCAAGAGGUAUGACGGUUACUCAUUCAUUGAUUUAAACAGAUCGGUGUAUACUUGUAAAGGUGUAUAAUUAGAGUUGAAGUUAUAGUGGUGAUUUCAGUGUAUAUUUAGUUACUAUAGUGUAUAUAUUAAAGAAAUAAUCAAAAUGGAGGAGUCCCCCGUUCUUAGGAACAGAACUUCAGGAUAUACAUGUGUAGGGACGUCUAAACGUGACCAAACUGACAGACAACGGGAAGAUGCAUCUCGUACCUCAUUCACUGAUAGUUCUAUGGACGCUAUGGGAUUAGAGCCAUCAAACAGCGACAUAAAUGGCCCCAGGGACGCCGGGCAGGACUCGGGUGUCGAAGCGACCUCUUCCGAUUCCUCGUCCGCCGAGUCGACGGGCGUGAAACCGAGCCGGAAGCGCCGGGUGGUCAGGGACAGGCUGAUGCGUGAGCGGAGUCUUUCAGAGUGCAGGAAACGCUCAACCAAACAGAAACACCGAGAACGCUCUAACUCCGAGCCCAGCGUCCCGGCACUUGGGGGCGGCCUAGCGGACUUUCUAGAGGGGUCAAAGCGUGUGGUAGCGGGUGCAGAGGACUUUAUGAUGAACGUGCUGCAGGCGAGCUGGAGAAUCGUUCACCACCACAAACUUCCGGAAUGGCUCCAGGACAACGAGUACCUGGUAUUCGGCCACCGCCUGCCCCUCAACUCAUUCCGGGCCUGCUUCAAGUCAGUGUUCCGCAUUCACACUGAGACCGGAAACAUCUGGACACAUCUCCUCGGUAUGCUGGCGUUUAUAUGUAUAGCCACCUACACAUUGAGCAGCCGGUACAUCGACUGGAUGUGGCAGGACAUCACCGUCCACUCUGUGUUCUUCGGGGGCGCCAUCAUCUGCCUCACUUUCUCCUGGCUCUUCCACACAGUCUUCUGUCACUCGGAGAGCGUCAACAAGCUCUUCAGCAAGCUGGAUUAUUGCGGAAUAGCAUUGCUGACAGUAGGGUCGUUCGUGCCUUGGCUAUAUUACGGCUUCUACCGGUACCCUGUCGCACAUAUUGUCUACCUGGUGUCGAUUAUAGGUCUUGGUACCGGUUGCAUUGUUGUCUCCCUGUUCGACAAAUUUGCUGCCCCUGAAUACAGACCCGUAAGAGCAGGUUUGUUCAUUGCCCUGGGCCUGACCGGGGUUAUUCCGGGGUUCCAUUUUGUGGUUAUAGAGGGGUUCCAGUGCGCCGUGUACGAGUUUGGCUUCCUUCAUCUGAUCCUAAUGGCCAUCUUGUAUAUCGGGGGCGCCCUCAUGUACGCCUUCCGCGUCCCAGAAAGCAUCUACCCAGGCCGAUUUGAUAUAUGGUUCCAGAGCCAUCAGAUUUUCCACAUAUGUGUUAUCCUGGCAGCCCUUGUCCACUUCCGGGGAAUCCAAAUCAUCUCGCACGCAAGGUUAACAUCUGUCCGCUGUUCACUCCACGCCUAGCAGCCGCCAGAAGUUGUUAACUUACAUCUAAGGCAACAUUUUCUUGGUUGUGAGAUUAAGUUUAAUUCUUAAAAAUGCUCACUCAGGUUGUUAAAUUGAGUAUAUAAAACUUUGACGCAAGUAAGUGCGUCAUGUUGUUACUAAUACUGUGUUACUGGCUAGCGUGUUGAACUGAUUGCUGAAAUUGCGCUACAAGCUAGCGUGUCCAACUCAUAAUUAAAAAUAUACUACUGGCUUGCGUAUUAAAAUGAUAAGUAAGACUACGUAACUAGCAAGCGUGAUAAUAGGGCGCCCAUAGCUAGCGCGUUUACCUGAUUGAUAAGACUGUACUAUUUGCUAGCGUUUUAACCUUAUCGAUAAGACUGUUUUACUAGUGAGCGUGUUCAACUAAUUGAUAUGACAGCGCGACUUACCACCGUGAUAUGACUGCGCGAUUAGCAAGCGUGAUAAGACUGCGCGACUUACCACCGUGAUAUGACUGCGCGAUUAGCAAGCGUGAUAAGACUGCGCGACUUACCUUCGUGAUAAGACUGCGCUGCGCGACUUAAUAUCGUGAUAAGUCUACGCGACUAGCCAGCGUGAUAAGACUGCGCGACUAACCAUCGUGAUAAGACUUCGCUACAACCAGCGUGAUAAGACUGCGCGACAAUCCCGCGGAAAAAGAACUCAAGAUAAGCCAUCGUGAUAAGACUGCGCUACUAGCCAGCAUGAUAAGACUACGCGACUAGGCAGCGUGAUAAGACUGCGCGACUAGCCAGCGUGAUAAGACUGCGCGACUAGCCAGUGUGUUGAGACUGUGCGACUUGCCAGUGUGUUGAGACUGUGCGACUAGCCAGCGGUAUAAGACAUCGAUACUACUAAGUUAGCUUAAUUUAUGUUGUUUUUCCGAAGACAUUGUAAGUUGAUUGUUUAGACUCGGCAGACAGAAAUCCAUAUGCAACAGGCACACGAACAAAAACAAUUAAACUGUGAUAUUAAUAUUGAAAUUGAUAUUUUUUUAUUAAUUGAAUUAUUCCUGUGAUUAUGUUAUAUUCUUUUACAUAAAACCUGAAAAUAU